AUGUCAACAAAACCAUAUCCCGCCCUCGAAUCUUACUUAACCAGAACUGCACCCAGUUCCGUGUCAUACUUAGGGUUUUUGGAAUCAAACCGCUCUUUAGUUGUCAAAAUACCUCCAUUGUCAGAAAAUUGGAAAGGACUCCAUGGCGCGUGGUACAGCCGAUAUUUGCAAACAUCAAAAAGAUUGAAUUUACCCACCAAUGGUGCAAAAGUCGCAGAAGAGGUAAUAUGUUUCAAUUUAGCCGACCAUAGGGCACCUCUUGACAGGUUUUACCUGAAUCCAGAGUAUAGAGCUCCUUAUUAUCAUAUCGCAUAUUCAUAUACAUUAUUUUCAAAGGAUACUCGUUUGUAUUGGGAAGAAGUGAUAGAUGAACGCAAGAAGGCAGGAACUAUUCGAUCAAAAACAAUUGAUAUAUACCAAGCUGUGGGGGAGAACAUUGGUGAUGAAAUCGUGGACGAAUGCCAACAAUCAUCGAAAAGACUCGAGAAGGACGAACAAGGACAAAGUCGAUCAAGAAGCGGAGCAGAUUAUCAUUCAGAAAAUAAUGUUGAAUCGCAGGAUCCAGUCUCUGCAUCUGAUUAUGAUGAUUCGGACGUAUCUGAUCAGGAAGCGAUUGAUAAUCAAGAAGUUAAGGAAGCGACAAACGAUAAAGUAGAAGUGACGAAGAAAAACAAAACGGGACCACUUAGACUAAGCGAAGCAAAUAGAAAGGAGGUUGACGAAGCUUACAAGUUAAUGGAUAGACGAUACAUGUGGAAACUUUCGUCGGGAAAAGUAAUCGAAGAUGAACUAUAUAAAUUAGGGAGGGAGCUGGAGUUUGAACAUGCUGUUCACUCAUUUAUCCUGGAUAUCGAUGACGAGUUGGUUGCAGACUGUUUCACCGAGACAGAACUUCGUGAGAUAGAGCUCACACCUAUCCCAGAAGUUCCCGAACUCUCAGAUGAAGUUAAUGAUUUUCUGGAUAAAUUUAUCGGAAAGACGAACUUAAAGGAAAUACGACAACUAAUAAAGGAAUUAAGUUUCGGUAUUGAUUAUGAUUGUGAAAAGCAUCACGAUAUGGACUACAUAUGCCUGGCUUUACAUGCGUUAAUUAGAGAAAUUGAAAGUGGAAAAAUAACGGAAGCAAAUCUAGAAAACUGGUUUAACUGCCACGUCUGGAGUAUGGUCUUUGACCACGCAUUCGAAAAUAUAAAGGCCAUAUCUGUCAUCAGAGGUGAAAGCACGAGUGUAUCGACAGCCACUCGAAAAAAUAAAAAAACGAAAAGGAAAUUAGGGGACCGUCGAAAAAUUGGUCGUAGAGGAGACUGGAUCCUCAGAGCUGUCGGAAAUGGUGAUAAAAAUGAAUUUGGGGCGGGAGAGGCGGACAUGCUAUUAAACUUAAUGGAGAAAAUAGGUUGGAACGAAGAAGCACGCAAAAAAAUACAAACCGUAGGAAUUAUUCAUGGAGGCCUUAUGAUGACAAUAGCAUAUAUCGAUAACCCAAUGGGUUACAUUUGCAGAUUGCGACGUAGUGAUUUGAUGGAAGUGCCCGAUAUGGCCGAAAAAUUCGAAUCAAUUUUGACAAUUCUUGCAUCGGUCUUGAAUAUAAAGUCUGUAGUCCGAGAGACGAUAAAGAUCGUCCAAAGAAGUGGACAGACUAACAAAUCAUUUAAGAGUGCCGGGCUUCGGAAACGAACUCGAAAUGAAAGUCAGCACCAUUUAUCUGCGUGCAUGUCAACCCCAAAGAAAGCGAGAGUGUGUAAAGUGAGUACCGAAAGACCAUAUCCUGCAUCACCAUGUCCAGGAUCACCAAAUGCUGAUCCAUUGAUUUAA